AGUACUUGGGUCUGUCUGUGUGUGUGUCUGUCUGUUACUCUCAAUCUCACUUCUCGGGUGUUUGUUCGUCUCACAAAGGAUACGACCUACUUAACGGGCAAUGAAGGUCAGAAAUUUCGAACGGUUUUCUCUGAAAGUGCUCCGUUGCAGAGCUAGAGCGCUUCCAGUAUUGUAUGGCUAAUGCCGGUAGUCGCCAUUUUAUCGCUGGCGGAUAAUGCGCAUGCGCUUAUAUUUAGCACAGGUGCUUGCUCUGUCUAUCUUGAAGGCACA